UGUCCGCAAAGUCAGAUGUUCCAUAACUGUCCUAGCAGAGAGCUGUUCAAGAUGCAACGGCCGGUAAGCGCACUCCUGGCAGUGGGCGUGUUGCUAUGCGUAGGCGUGGGACUGACGUGGGCUUGCAACGAGGUGGUAUGUGCCAGCAUCGUCAGCAAAUGCAUGCUGACACAAGCGUGCAAGUGUGACCUCAUGCACCACCCCAACAACAACUGUACUUGUUGCAACGAUUGCUCGAAGUGUCUGGGUUACCUCUACCAGGAAUGUUGCUCGUGUUUAGGCAUGUGCGAGCCGCGAGAGCACGACUCUGAGCUGAAGGACUCGCAAGUGGGCGACAUCCCCGAGCCGUUCCCCCAGCUCUUCAAGGCGAUCACGGACGAGAAGGACCUGCUCCUCCGGUGGACCUCGAUCACCUUCCCCAUCGACGUCAGCGUCAGCGACAUCGAGGACGCAUCGCUCGACCGAAGCAAGUACAAGCUGGUUUCGCACCCACAGGACACCGUACCUGCCGACCAAGUCACAGUCAAUUGCACGGUGCUGUAUAUGGCCCAGUGCAUGUCAGGCAGAAAGUGCAGAUCGUCAUGUGAAUCCACGGGUGCCUCGGCCUACCGCUGGUUCUUCGACGGAUGCUGCGAGUGCGUCGGAAGUCGUUGCAUCAACUACGGUGUUGACGAAAGCAGGUGCAUCGACUGUCCCAGGGUGGACGACUUCGACGACGAGUUAACUGAUCGCAUUCUCUCCGGGUCGAUAGCUCCUCCUACGGACGAGUCGGCUCUCCAAUCCGACAUCCUCUUCGAAGACGGCCCGACGAAUUAAGGAGCUCUUUCGUUUGUCCGACUUUCGUUUAUCCGACUUGUUUACACUUCACUGUCGUUUUGCCUCAAGGAGCAGUCCCUCCCUCAAUUUUUUUUCUUUUCUUUUUUUUUUCUUUUUUUACGAGGGCGACAUUUCUACUUGAGAUUAUUUCCAUAACUUUGAGUUUAGGGGAUUGAUUUAAUCACGAUAUUCUUAUUCAUUUAUCGGUGUAUGGAAGUAAUAAAUAACUUCACAAGUGCCAAAUAAUAUUAGGGAUUAUUACUCAGUCAAUAUUAACAUUUAAGAGAAAGUACUUAAUGUUUUUUAUAAUUAGAUUUUAUGUGCAAGACGUGUGGCAAUUGCAGUAUUUCCCGGUGACCCUGUCAAGAGUAAAAGAUCUCAGAUUUGCAUAGUAUAUUACGUACUGUAUGUAAACAACCUUUAGUACUUGUAAACAUUAGGAAGAUUAGCCGAUUAUAUUUUACUUCUGUCAUAAUGUUUUGUUUCUUAUUAUCUUCUCUCUUCUUUUUAUGUCAUUAUUCGGAUACCUGAAUAUAUUGCACUAACAUUCCAAACCAUGUAUGAAUAUAUGAAUAAAUAUAUGAAUAGAAUAAAAGAAAAGUAGACAUUAA